AUGAAAGACGAUGUGCUAGAUCCACUUGGUCACGGUUGGGCUACAACUCCUUGGACAGAUGCGGUGAUCAGGGCUUCGGAACAGGCAAAGAAGCGAAAUCUGCGAACUGAUAUUGCGGUUGGGCCUUCCUGGCCUGCUUCGUUGCCAACUAUUACGCCGGAUAACGAUGCUGCUGCGAAGGAGCUGGUUCAUGGGAGAGCGUACCUGAAUGCUACCAACGAAUUCUCAUUCUCUGGUCCACUGCCUGUUUCUUUUCAAGGUCCUGCUCAGGGGGUAACGAAUGAGACUUUGAUCUCUGUUCAAGCUUGGAGGAUCAAUUCGGCAAGCAAGCCUUCGGAUAGAACACUUCUCCUCGACCCCAAUACUAUGAUAGAUCUCACGAGUCAAGUAAUGAACGGAAAUCUAACAUGGAAAGCUCCAACCGAAGGGUCAUGGAUCCUAAUGCCCUUCCGUAUCCGUGGAACAGGGCAGCUACCGGAAGCAGGACCACAUACUAGUCCACCAAGCUAUGUUAUAGACCACUUCUCCCCUCUAGGUGCAAAAGCCAUCACCCAGUUCUGGGACUCCAAAAUCCUCAACACAGGCAUCCAAGGUCUCGGAUCCCUCUUUGAAGAUUCCCUCGAGUUUGAGGCUACAACGUAUUGGACACCCGAUUUCCCGUCUGAAUUUAGCCAACGAAUGGGUUACGACAUCCGCCCACUCCUUCCCAGUAUCGUCCGCGAGAAAGAGAAAUUUACAAUAGCAUUCUCCGAUCAAGAAAUCUCCCGGAGGGUUCUUAACGACUUUUGGGAUGUUCUGGGUGACCUGUAUAUCAAAAACCACAUCCACCCCAUGCAAUCCUGGGCCCAGACCCAUGAUAUUACUCUCCGCGUCCAGCCCUACGGCCUCCAAACCGACGCCAUGGGCGCCGCCGCAUCUCUAGACAUCGCAGAAGGCGUCCCUCGGAUUCAAAAACCUCGACGACUGCCGUUCCCUAGCAGGGGGUUCAAACAUGGGACAGAAACCCCUCAUCUCCAACGAAGCAGCGGCAUUCGCAACCUCCGCCUACACCACAACCUGGGAACGCGUGCUGCGAACGCUCAAUCCGAUCUUUUCCACGGGGGUGAACCAGAAUGUUCUGCAUGAAUUUAGUUAUAAGGAAGCGCCGGGUGUGGAAUGGCCUGGGUUUGCGGCUUUCACGCCGUAUAAUGGGGCCAUUCGGUAUGCGGAGUCGUGGGGUCCGAGACAGCCCGCGUGGAGACAUGCUGGUGAUAUUGCGGCUUAUUUGGGGAGGGUCCAGCUCUUUCUGAGGAGGGGAGUGGCAAAGCAUGAUGUUGGCUUUCUUAGACAGAAAGGCUAUGUUGCUUCGGGGUUUGGGGCUUCAUGGUUUUCAAGUGAGGGAGUGAGGAUGGGGUGGAGUAUGAAUUUUCUUGCACCUAGUCUUUUGAGGGUGCCUAUUUCGGAGGUUUCGAAUAGAAGACUUGCAAGUGAGGGGCCAGACUUUGGAAUGCUGGCUUUUGAAGGAGAUGCUUUUGCGUCUCUUGCGCCUGUUUUGAGUCUGGAUACGAUGAGACGUUUGCUCGACUUCGCUAAAGAUGGGUUGCCGGUUCUUAUUGUUGGGAACUGGACUGGUAUUCGCGCAUAUGGAUAUGGGGAAUUUCCUCAGUCUCCUCUGAUUGCCGAAAUGUUCGAGGAAAUGCUCGCUUUACCGAAUGUGGUCAUCGUUCCUGACCGAGCGACCAUGGCUGAUGGUGUCGCGAAACUCGGUGUUCUUCCUGCCGUUCGGCAUACCAAUUCUUCACUUCUUCACAUCCGCAGAGUAGAUGGCGACCUAGAUCAUUUUUUCUUUGUUGCUGCUUCAGCAACAGACGGCGUUGAUCAGGAUGUCUCUAUCCCCAGGAGGAGUUCACAAGCUAUUCCUUCUAUUCUUGAUCCUUGGUCUGGAAAGACUUCUCCUAUCCCGAUUUAUGAGGAACUUCAGAACAGCAGAUUGUCUUUCAGGAUUCAACUCCUUCCUGGCCAAACGAUGUUGGUUACUCUCGCGCCCCUAGAUACAGUAGUUACCCAUGCUGUGGGGUCCACAGGCCAGCUUGUAAUUUCUGAGGGGGGGUAA